AAGAAUCAAAUAGCUUUUUCCUUUCGAGGCUGCAGCAUCAAGAACUAGAAACUUGGCAAAAAAAAAAGAAAAGAAAAAAUGAAUGCAAUUAACAUGUGCAACCAAACGAACUGCGCCACUGAUGUGGUGACAGAUGACCUGAAUUGCCCGUGGCUGGCAGAAUAUCAGUUACGGCACUCAGCGAUUAUCGAGCGUUGGAAAUUGUGUGGAUUCUUUGAAGACGACGACUUUCUCGACAUCAACUGCCACUGGCUCCAAUUUGAACCAGCUCCUUUAGUCAACCAUCUGCUACUGGUUUGCAUUUUCGUUUUCAUUUUAUUGACCGGAUGUUUGUGCAACAUCAUCGUCAUCUACAUAUUUGCCAGUUCGAGACAUCUGCGAACUCCAGCCAACAUCAUCAUCAUGAAUUUGGCAAUCAGUGAUUUCUUUAUGCUGAUCAAAAUGCCAAUCUUCCUUUACAACUCUCUGCUUCAAGGACCUGCCCUUGGGAUUAAAGGUUGUCAGAUAUAUGGUUUUAUGAGUGGCUUGACGGGAACAACUUCAAUAAUGUCGUUAGCCACCGUCGCCGUCGAUCGUUAUCUGGUCAUCAGCCAGCCGUUAAACGUCAAUAGAAAAUCUACUCGUACAAGAGCCUAUUUAACAACAUGUUUCAUAUGGUUGUACUCGGCAAUAUUUGCUUCGUUACCUUUGUUUGGAAUUGGCAAGUAUGUUCCGGAGGGUUACCUGACGAGUUGCAGCUUUGACUAUCUCUCGAACAAUGUAAAAACUCGCAGCUUCAUAUUGGCUUUCUUUUUGGCGGCUUGGUUGUUUCCGUUUUGCAUUAUAACGACAUGCUAUACUGCCAUUGUUUGGUACGUCCGAAAAGCGAGGAUAGAGCUCAAUCACCAACAAGCUGCAAUAACAAAUUGUAAAAGAGGAUGGCGUCAGUGCAAUAUCGAGGUGGUAAUCGCCAAAAUUGUUGUGGUGCUUGUAGCGAUGUGGAUGAUUUCAUGGACACCCUAUGCAUUUGUGGCGUUGUUGGGAAUCUCUGGUAACCAGACACGACUCACUCCAGGGAUGACAAUGUUCCCGGCUUUAUUUGCAAAAUUUUCUGCUUGUGUAAAUCCUAUAAUCUACACAUUGACCCACCCAAAGAUAAAGAAAGAAAUAUUACGUCGUUGGUACUGUUUUAUGUCAUCCGGCACGUCUAAUGGUAACGAUGUAACUUUAAACGGAGGUGGUAUCUCUGUCGGACGACAAGAUCCAGUUUGGCGCCAAAAUUCAAAUUCAGACAAAGGUUCUGUAUCGCCUGUUGCACAUCAUCAUAAUUCGAAAAAUUUUUCGGCAAAUAAAAAUGACCAAACUGGAUCGGACAUCCAACCACAGGAAUUAGUUCCCCUUAAUGAUCAUUCAGAUCGCGGGGACAAUUCCUUACAAACAGCAUGCCAGAACUGCACUGAUAAAACAGGAAACAGCUACAUGGACGAAAGAUUAAGUUACAAUGAAACAUGUUUCUCUGUCAUUGCUCCUGAAUCCAUCGAUUUGUAUAAAACCAAAGUAAUUUCAGUGCACAAUGAUAAUCUACAGAAUCCUUGUCUGGGUCGAUAUUUGGAUUUGUUUAAGGAUCCACCGAUUAAUGUAUCUGGUAAUUCGAUCUCAUCAAGUGAUACAUUUGAACAAUCCAAAGAAGAAUGCAGCACAAAUAUUCAGAACAACGAUGCAUUAUUGUAUGACAAUAACUAGGAUUUCAUCUUGUACCUCGUUGUUCGUUCUCCUCUAUUGGCAUAUUUCCGAUCCUUGCAAUACAUAAUACAGUUUAA